UUCAAUAGUUAUUAGUUGUUGUAUAGUCUUCUCGACUGUACACAACUAAUGAUGGACAUUAAGUAUUAACUAAUUUUGACGAACGUCACAUAACACUAAAAUUCCGCGUUAUAAAUUACGGUUUGUUUGUAUUAUAAGUUAUAACUAUUAUUAUUAUUGUCUUCAGUAGUAGUUUGUCUCUUUCGCCAUUAAAACGUAUCGAAAGAUUUUUUUUACCGGAACAAUGGAAACGUGUUGCUCGACCAACCGUCGUUGAUAGAGCCGUUUCGUCAGGCAAGUAAUAAGAAACAAUAGUAAGUAACACUGCCCACGACGGGUCGGUGAUUAGUAUGGAGUCCAAGUUUUCGGGUUUUGCCAAAGAGACCACGGCCAGACCUGCGUGUAAAAAAUGCGGUUACUCUGGUCACUUGACGUUUCAAUGUCGGAAUUUCAUUAAAAUCGAUCCCAACAAGGAUAUCGUCUUGGAUGUGAGCAGCACAAGCAGUGAACCGGAUGAGGAAUAUGUGACACCACUGGUGCAGCUGCGCGAGACCGAAUUAGCCUUGAAGUUGAAAGAGGCGGCAUCCAAAAAGAAGAAGAAGAAGAAGAAGAAGAAGUCAAAGAAACGCAAGCACAAUACCACUGACAGUGAGUCAUCUGACGAUGACACGGCUGAGCGAAAAAAGAAACAUAAGAAACAUAAGAAAAAUAAAAAAGAAAAAAAAUCUAAAGAUUAAGUAGUAAAUAAAAAGAUAUUUUAUAGGAUUUGAAUAUUUAAAAUUUCCAAAAUAUUUUAUACAGUAAAUAUGACCCAACUUAUUAUUCAAUAUAAAUGGUAUAUAAUGUAUAUCUUUAUUUUAUGUUUAAAAUAUUUAAAUAGUUUUUAGUUUUCACCUUGUGGCAUUAUGUUGAAAUAAUAAGAAACACAGGACUGUAUUAAUCGAGACACAAUGAAGCUGUAUUAAAAAGUGUCCUCUGUUGUAAUUUUUCGCUUCAUAUUGUUUCAACAUAGUAUAUUGAAAUUCAUAACUUAGCGAUUAACUAAAUAUGACUUUACUUUUUAGCUGUUAAUCAAAUAGGUAUUAUUCAUGAAAAGUAAUAUAGGGUUUUUUAAUUAGUGUCAAACAUUGAAUGUAAUCUUAUUAUGUACAUGUAAAGAAAAUAUAAUAUUAUAAAAUACA